ACGUCACCAUAUCCUUGCUAGCCAUAAGCUCCUGCCAAGCGUACGCACAACGCAACAACACAUAUCUUUGUAAACGUUGAGGUUUACUCAUCUUCUUCUUCCCCUCUAUCAAUAUCAUUAUCAUCAUUAGGCGCUCAAUUGUAUGCUUGCUCAUUCUUCAAGACACACAAUGGCAUAACGGUUGAGCAAACAACCCACAAAGAUAUUUGAUUGUUGUAGCCAAUAAAAUUCGACACUAAUGUGAGCAAAUACAACAAAAAGUAACAAAUAAAGAAUACAAGAAAGAUAAAGUGAAAAUAGAAUCGAUCACCCACAGCGUCUGCUAUAAAAGAAGCAAGUGGAAGUGCGAUAAGAGAGAGAUUGAGACACGGUGCUGACAGCAUGUGGUGUCGCCACAAAACAUAAAUCGUGUAGCAGCAAUAAAGUGGCGCACUGAUAAUUGACAAUGCGUACAACAACAACAAUUAUUCAAAAAUAAAAUAUAGGCUAUGAAAAAAGUGCUACGACAAAUAGAAAAAACGAGCAUAAUUAAAUUAACGCGCAUUCGUAAAACUCCCGCACGUUCACGCCCACUCUUCUGUGCUGAGUAAUGAUUACAAACAGUAAUGAAAUAGUGCUAAGCACAAAUAAAAAAAAAAUUAAGAGUGUGGUAAAACCUCUUCAUGGGCAUUAAAGCAAUAUUUGUAGUAUUCUCGCUGAAAGACUGCUGAGAAUUUAUUAUUUUUGUUUUUAUAGUGAGCGCAUCACUAAGUAUCGUAUAAGGUAUAAGGAAUUCAUAAGAAGCUUUAAAUUUGUACCAUUCUUUAAUCAACUGUCGAGCUUUUCUAAUCAAAGUCACAGUUCAAGCUCUUAACAUAAGAUUAACAUAAUCAAAGCUUCAUUCGCCGUCGCUUGAAGCGUGAAGAUCAAAUAGAAGAAUAUAAAGUAUUCUAAAGCAAAGCAGUUAUUGAGUCAACAGCUACGUUAACGAACGGUUUAUAAGUCGUCAAAAACAUAAGCGCACUUAAGCUCAGCCAACAAGUUUAGAACUCACAGCUUUUACAGUUAAAACAAAUAAUAGCGGUAACGUUUUGUUGUUCGUCAUCCUAGCAACCGUCGUUAGCCACAUUCAUAAUGGCCGAUUUGGAACGCAUAAGACUGGUUAUCCUGGGCGGUGCUGGUGUGGGCAAAUCAUCCAUCAUCAAACGUUUCCUCUUCAAGACCUACACAGACAAAUAUCGCGCCACGGUUGAGGAUCUCUUUAAUCGCGAAUACGAUUUGGGCGGCGUUACACUGAAGGUUGACAUUUUAGACACUUCCGGCGAUAUGCAAUUUCCCGCUAUGCGCCGUCUGUCCAUCGCCACCGCCCACGCUUUUAUGCUCGUCUAUGCGUCCACGUCUGCGUCGAGUUUUCAAUGUGUCAAACAGUGUUUCGAGGAGAUACGUGAACAGCGCGCAGACUUCCAGGAUAUUCCCAUUGUAAUCGCCGGCAAUAAAUCUGAUUUGGCCAAUACUCACAGAGAGGUGCGGCUGGAAGAAGUCACGGAUUGGGUCUACUGUGAAUUGCCGCGAUUAAGAGCGAAAGUGCUGGAGUGCUCCGCCAAGGAGGAUCAAAACGUGACUGACCUCUUCAAAACGUUGUUAUCAUUGUCGCGAUUUCUACCCGUCGGGAGCAAUAAUGACGGCACAAGUGGACUGAAGCGACGCUCUUCGGCAUAUGUUAGCGCAUCGUCAAGUAGAAAUCGUCAAAGUGUGCGAAAAGGUGUGGGUCCAACAAAUGUCAGUGGAAUAUGGCCAAAACAAAAUCUUGGUACAGACAAGAAUCGCAACGCCAGUCCAUCCGUUUCCGGUGAUAAAAAGUCCAGUUUGGUCGAAGCGGUCGAUCCAGCCACCAGCAGCGGCGAUGCCAAACUAAAGCCCAGAUCCAGGUCACUCAUACGCCGUGCAUCACGCAAAACCAAACAGCAAAUCAACAAUGCGUCCGAUGACUGUAAUUUCCAAUAAAGUGACAGAGGAAGUAGGUGUGAACGCUUGAUUAGCAGAAAAAAGCAAAUAUGUAUAAUAAAUCAUAAAAGCAAAAUUAUAUGUUUAGCAACUACAACAAGAACAACAAGCAACAAAAGCAAAGCGAAGCAGAGACUAAAAAUAUAGUUGUUUAUAUAUGCAUGUCUGAGUGUGUGUGUGUGCGUGCGGUUUGGUGUUGUUGUGCAUGUAAGUAGGCGUUGACAUUUGUUUGUACAAAUUUAAUCCAAGAAACGUCAAAGUGAAUUCACCGCAAGUGUCGUGUGAAUGAUGACGUCGAAAAAAAUUAUACAUUUUGAUAUGAACGCUUAAUUAGAACUAUUAUAUAACUCCAUAAUAAUAAUAAAAUUAAUAGUAAUGAAAAA